AUUCCAUUAUGCUGCUGAAGGCUUGCAGGAUAGGCAUCACCAUCAUAGGGCAGACAUAGGCUACUAAGGCUAGGCUAGCUAUGGGUUUUGGUUGAACUUCAAGUCUUCGACCCUUUCUUCGGCCUUCUUUUUACGGUCUACUCCUACAGUCUGAUUAUUAUUAUACUCUGAUAAACGAUAUUAACUGCCGAAUAACUGGUGACAUUCAAUAUAGCAAUUAUGUCAAAGGAUAAAAAAGAGAAUGAAAAUGUUUCUAUGAACUGGAUGUACAAGGGCCCAGGUGGUCAUGUGUCUCGAGAAGAGUACCUGCUGGGCCGCAAGGUGGAUGCCAGUCUGGAUUUGUUGAACCAAGCUGACAGCAACAAACCAGAGGAGCCACCCAAGUCUUCCCACAUAAUCGAAUAUGAGAUUCUGCCAGACUGCAUUGCCAGACGACGCCCAGAAGAUGACCAGCCUGGAGCUGCUGUAAUUCAGGUUGACAUGCGACGCAAACUCCUGGAUGACCCACUACUGGCAAUCCGUAAGCGGGAAGAGCUCACCCGCAGGGAAAUAACUGAAAAUCCUGUCAAGCGGAAGCAGCUUCAGCUUUUGAUCAAGAGCAUCACAGAAGCGACGUCUUCCUCUUCCAGCGAUUCUAGUGACACUGACCAAGAAAGCGUCUCCAAACGCCGCAAAAACAAAAAAGCUUCUAAGAAAAAGAAAUCAAAUGAGAAGAAAAAAAAGAAAGACAAGAAGAAACAGAAAGAAAAAACUAAAAAGAACAAAAAGAAAAAACGUAAACGAAGCUCAAGCUCUGAAAGUGACAGUGAAGAAGAACAAAGAAUUAAAAAGCCCAAGAGGAAGGAAGAAUUUGACAAAAAUCUGGGCAAGGAACUGGAAAACAAAAAUGUGGAUCGUUCUUUGGAUCGGCAAUCAUUUCCUAACGAGCAAAAGCAGGAGCUAAAUAGAUUAAAAUUUGGUCAUUAUAAUUCAUAUCCCAACGGUGGGCUGAAUUGCAGAAAGGAUAGUGACGAGCGCAAUAGACACAAUGAUUCUCAUAGACUUAAUGAUGCUUAUAGACGUGAUGAUGUCCAUAGACGUGAUGAUGUCCAUAGACGCGAUGAUGUCCAUAGACGUGAUGAUGUCCAUAGACGUGAUGAUGUCCAU